CUACUGUCAACUAAAAGAAAAAAGCCUCGUGCGUCGGAAUGGCAAAACGACAAUGUGCGUAAAGGAUUUUGGCACGACGAAGAGUUUGUAAACCAGUUUUUGUUGUUGUUACAGAUUUCUAUCUAGUAAAACCGGGUGUUUGGUCUCUACUAGUCACGGUGAAGGCUCACACUGUUGGACUGAUGGAAAGUGAGAGGAGAAAAGAGGUGGAAUCCGUUCGCUCUGGCUCAAGCGCCGCGCACCGCUGGGGCAGCAUGCAUUAACGCAACUUUAGUUCGGCUAAAAUGUAGUUAAUCUCCGCUUCGUAGACAAUGUAGUAAGUGUUCACGCUUUCAUGUAGAGUAUUCCUGACUCCGAUAUGUCUAAUGAGGCGCCGAGUAAAAGCGCGGAAUGGCUGCAACUCGAGUUGGAGUCCGGGGGCACUUCUUUGCUCCUGUUGGACUGCCGAUCACACGAGCUUUAUGAAUCAUCUCACAUCGAGACCGCGAUCAACCUGGCCAUCCCGGGACUAAUGUUACGGAGGUUCAAAAAGGGCAAUAUACCAAUCCGGACUAUCAUAUCCAACAACGAGGACAAGGAGAAGUUCCUAAAGCGAUGCAAAACGGACACGAUAGUAGUGUACGACGAGUGCACGGUGAACUGGCAGGAGAGUGGACCGCCGAGUGUUCUGGGACUACUGCUGCACAAACUCUGGGAAGACGGCUGUAAGGCGUACUACCUGGAAGGUGGAUUUCUAAAGUUCCACACAGAAUAUCCAGAUCACUGUGAGACCCUCUUGGACAGUCCGUGUCCCACUUCUUCUCCUCCUCUAUCUGUGCUGGGGUUCGGAAACCUCCGGAUCAGCUCCGACUGUUCAGACGGAGAGUCGGACCGAGAACCCAGCAGUGCCACAGAAUCAGAGGAGAGUCCCAUACCCAACAAUCAGCCGGCAUUUCCUGUGAAGAUACUGCCCUAUCUGUACCUGGGCUGUGCCAAAGACUCCACUAACCUGGAUGUCCUGGGCCAGUACAACAUAAAGUACAUCCUCAAUGUCACACCCAACCUACCCAACAUGUUUGAGCACGAGGGGCACUUCAGGUACAAACAGAUCCCUAUCUCAGACCACUGGAGUGAAAACCUGUCCCAGUUCUUCCCUGAAGCAAUAUCAUUUAUAGACGAGGCUCGGUCAAAGCGCUGUGGCAUCCUGGUGCAUUGUUUGGCGGGAAUCAGCCGCUCGGUCACGGUCACUGUCGCCUAUCUGAUGCAAAGACUCAACCUCUCACUCAACGACGCAUACGACUUUGUCAAGAGGAAAAAGUCCAACAUUUCUCCAAACUUUAACUUCAUGGGCCAACUGUUAGACUUUGAGAGGACACUGGGGUUGCACAGUCCUUGUGAUAACCGCGCCACAGGCAAAGAGCAGCUGUUCUUCACCACCCCAACCAAUCACAAUGUCUUCCAGCUGGACACUCUGGAAUCCUCAUGAGGAACAAUUAUACAACUACAUAAUUAAUUUGAGUUUGUCAGAUCAAGCUAAAAGACAGUAUGCCAUGGCUAUCCACCAAAAGGAAGAACAUUGAAUGAAGCUGUGUGCAGUCAAUAAGCUUCACUUAACGCCUUAACACAGACAUUUCUUUACAGGAUUCUCAAUAUUCAUAAAUAAUGGACAUUUUCGGUAACUUUUCUAUAAUAUCUUGGAUGUUUGUGACAACGACUGUUAUAUGCUUUUGACCAGCUGUCAAGUAUAUAGACUAUGUUUUGGUAUUUUCAAUAUUAAUAUGCCUUGAUUGUCCAAUGGGAGGCUUGGGCCAGUCCAAUUGUUUAACAGGGGACCAAUCAUGGAUAUUAUAAUGGUACUGAAUGAAAUGAGCUUACAUAAUCAGGCCUUUUAAUUGUAAUCCAGUACAGUAUUGGUCCAUGCUUAUGUGUAUGAUUAUUAUGGAAGUUGCUGUCUAAGCAUUACCCAAAUUUACAAUGUUGCCAUUAUUAGUAUUUUAUAUGCACUUCUUGGACCACACUAUUGCAACUAUGGCCUUGAGUUGAACAUAACAAGCUUUGAAAUAAUGCAUCAUUCAGGGUGGAGUACAAAAUAGGAUGGGCUGUUACCAUGAAUGACAGUAACAAAGAUGUAAUACUUAUUAUAGAGAAAACGGAUGUUCACAUAUGUUUAACAAAACCUUUGCAGCUACACUUUCUUUGGCACAAAAGCAUUAAGGGAAACAAAGUUGAUUCAUUCUCUACUUGUAUCAAAACAAAUAGAUGAGAGGAAGAAAGCUAAUUUGGCUAAUCUGUUCAUACCUCACACAUUUUCAGGGAUUUUUAUACAAACUUCUCGUCACAGCCUCUUCACAUUCAUUCAAGAGCUGUUUGUUUCCUGUUUGUAAAGAUGUACAUAAAACAUGGUUGCUAUAGGGAAUGUUUUCUCACUAAGGAUGUGAAAAUUGCCCUGUCUGACCAACUCUGUAAAGUAUAUAAAACUAAAUGUCCAAGACAUUCUGUACAAGUUUAUACAACAAAUAUAAUGUAUAUUUUUACUUGAA